GCUGCUCGGCGCGGCGGGGCCCGGCGCUCGGGCCGCGCGGAGCCGCGGGGCCGACCGCCAGAACAGCCUCCGCCGCGCCGCCAGCGGCCUCUACCAGGGCGUCAGCGGCCUCUUCGGCGAGGACAACGUGCGGGCCCUGCAGAAGUUUUUCUCAAGGUUGACAGAGAGGUUUGUGAAUGGGGUGGAUGUAUUAAUGGACACAUUCUGGAGAAUAUGGACUGAUUUGUUAGAUGUUCUUGGAAUUGAUGCCUCCAACCUGACUCAUUAUUUCAGCCCAGCAGCGAUUGCCAACAACCCGACCCGCGCCCUCCUGCUGAUCGGUGCCAUUUUACUGGCCUACUGGUUUUUAUCUCUCUUCCUUGGAUUCUUCUUCUAUCUCCUGCACAUGCUGUUUGGCCGCUUCUUCUGGAUCGCCAGGGUGGCCCUGUUCACCCUGUCCUGUGUGUACAUCCUGCAGAAGUACGAGGGUGACCCCGAGCACGCCGUGCUGCCCCUCUGCUUCGUCGUGGCCGUCUACUUCAUGACGGGGCCCGUUGGGUUUUACUGGAGGAGGAACAGCAACAGCAGCCUGGAGGAGAAGAUGGACCACCUGGAUAGUCAGAUCAGACUGCUGAACAUCCGCCUUUCCAGGGUGAUUGAGAACCUGGACAGGGGCGCUGAGCAAUGAGCCCGUCCCUGCUGACCACUGUACACCAGCUCUGGAAAAAUCCUAAGCACUGUCUCAUCCCAAGUGAAGAAGCAACAAAACAUCACAUGGUAAAAAGUGUGCAAGGUUAUAACUUUUCAUCAUGUCUAAGACUAAUUUAUCUAGGUUAAACACUCAGCCGUUAGACUUCUAGGAGAAAGAAAAAACAUUUACAAAAUUCAGCUGUAUAUUCAGAGUUUUAUCCAGUACUAGAAUUUUCUCAGUAGAUAAACGCUUACUUUUACAAGCAUUUAAAAACAUCUUUUGUAAAGUUUUUAUAAGAGCAAAUUGAGUAGUCUUUCAGAUAUUGAAAUUGAGUUAAACAUAUGCAAAUUUGACACUUUAACAGUUAAAAAGAAAAAAAAAAAUCUCAAGCUACCAAGCACUUCCAUUGAGAAGUAACUGCUGUGGGUCCAUAUUUUUUCUUCAGAGUUGUGAAUGUUUUUGUGUUUUUGUUGGCUUAUUUCAUUGCCUUGAAGUUGCCUUUCAUAGAGUAUCAGAUGAGGAAUUUUCUGGUAUCCAGGCCAAAAAAUUCACACCAUAGCUUUUAACAGGAGGUGGGGAAUGAGGGAGAAGGAAGAUCUGAAGUCCUUAAAUGCCAGUCCAAUGUGAGGAAGCACACGUGUGGCAUUUUAUCAUUGCAUUUCAUCCCGAGAACUUUAAUUUGUUAGCGUCUGGAAGGAAAUCUGCUUUAAUAAAUUGGCACAGAAGGAAGAUGUAGCGUGACAAAUUGUAAUUCAUAUUUGAUCUGCACAGUGAAGCAUUUUCCAAGCUUAAGUGCAUAGAGUUUUUAAUCUCAGGACCCACGUACCUUCUCAGAAAAGGCAGCAGUUAAAACACGUGCAAAUGUAUUGUUGCUUAAAGCUUUCUCAGGACCAAUCAGCGGCAAUAAAUUACCUUCAGGAAGAUCUGGAUUUUUUUCUAAAAUUACAAUAGUUUUAUAGGAGCUUUUUGCUUGAAGUCUAUGUCCUCUUUAGGUUUCGGGGAAAAGCGAGUCACCUUUAAGAGGAGGGUGUAGGAAACGGUUCUCUUUCAAAGCAGUGGAGCUUUGGAGCAAUUUUAUUUUGCAGGAUUUCUGUGUUUCUUACAACUAACGAGCUUGGUAGGGCAUCACUGGCUGUGCUGGUUUACUGAAACAAAGGGAACCUCAGGGAAGGGAGCCUGGAAUGUGGUUUCACCUGGAAACAGCAGCAUCCAAGGACACAGAUGUGAGGAGGGAGGGGAAGCACCUGCCCCUAGUGAUGAGCACAGUUCUGAUACCACCAGGGGUAGGAUGGAGCACAGCUGGAGCAUUCCAUAUCCCAUAGGGUCCAAAAGAACAACUGCAUCAAAAAGCGCAACAAAAAUUGGUCUGGGAUGGGGUCUGGCUGCAAAGCAAGGGAACCAGGAGGAAGAGGAGGAGGAGGAGGAGGAGGUUCCCCAGGUGUGCCUGCCACUGCCAGCUCCAGUGGGCUGAGCACAGCUUGUUCUUCCACUGAGCAAAGCUUCUGGAUGUGAUGCUUAACUGAAUGUAACCGUGGGGCAAAUUUCUUUUUCUCUUUAUGCUGAAGUUUAGUGUUCUUCUUGAAAUGUGUGUGUUACUUGCCUAACCUCUUUGGGUCUGUGUGUGGCAUUUCCACGGGGGUUAUUUUUAAAUCCAUGUCAAUGGCCUUUACUCCUGGUGAUCACUUUGGUUCAACAAGGUUGAAGUUCAUAUGCACUUGGCACGGUUGGAAUGCAUUUUAAUUUUUUGUGUCACCUGUAAAUCCCCCUGCACCCCAUUUAUUAACAAGUACAUGGUUUAGAGUUGUUAAAGAACUGGUUAUCACAACUUAGAAUCUUUCCUGUGAUCAGAUAGGGACUAUGGCAACAAAUAGUCCAUUUUGUCAAGCUGAAAAUGUGAAUUGCAGUAAAUACCUUUUUUCAGUCAAUUUUCCAUAGUAUUACAGAGUCUUCCCUGUAGACUCAGUUCUCACUACUCAUGUGGACAGAGGACUGGGCUGAAACACCAACCUGGAAAUUAGGAAUUGACUAGUAAAGCUUGUCAGGUCUUGCUGUGUUUUGCCAAAUUUGAGACCUGAGGACCAAAGUUUGCAAACCUCGCUCGUGUCAGUGGCUCCAUGGCCUUCUUAGGACAAUGUGCAUGGGUCAGUUUGCAUAGAUUGUAUUUUGUGUAAUCCAUAUUUCACUUUAAAGUCAAAAAUACUGAACAUUUAUAUAUUAAGAGUUGUCUAUGAUAAAGAUUUCUUUGAAAGUAUUACAUAAAAGUUAAUUUGGAUUAUAGUUUCUCCCUAUCUCACUCUAAUAAUUUAUCUUACUUUUGUAAAAUCAGCCCUCCUAUAUUAAUACUCUUUAUUUCGAUCACCCUGCUGCUUGAAAAAUGGUAUUUUUAUAUUUACUUGCAUCCCAUGUAUAGCAAAAUAUUAUGUGAAAAGCAGUAUAUAUAAAAUUGGGUAUUUUUAAUCAGUAUUUUUCCCAGCACUCAGUUUUCACGUUAGUCAAAUUCAGAAGUAAUGAUUUUUUUAAAGCACAAUCUAAUCUUCAAUAUAUAUAUAUAUAAAUAUAUAUAUAUAAAUAUAUACUUUAAAAAUGCUCUGUAUUUUUAAACAUGCACUGUAGUGAAAGCGCUUUUGGGGACAUGAAUGUGGUAUUGUAUUUAAUCUCUUUCAACUUUUGUAAAUACCUUUUACAAGUGUUUUCCAUACUGGGCCAUCUAGUUUAUCCAUGGAGGUUUUUGCUGUUUUUUAGAAACCCAGCAGGUGUGGCUGCACUGCUUUUGUAUCCCACAGAGCAUCUCAGAGACAGGCAGGGCUCUGUGUCACCUGUGAGCCUGGCAGGUGACACCUGCAGGGGUGGCACUGGAGGAAUCCUCAGCAGUGACACCUGCAGGGGUGGCACUCUAGGAAUCCUCAGCAGUGACACCUGCAGGGGUGGCACUGGGACAGCCCUCAGCAGUGACACCUGCAGGGAUGGCACUGGCGGCAUCCUCAGCAGUGACACCUGCAGGGGUGGCACUGGGACAGCCCUCAGCCCAGGGCAGGGAUGGCACAGGACAAUCCUGGUAGCUUUGGCUUUUUGCCGUGACUUCAUGGAGCUGUGCCACAGCCACACCUGCUGGGAGCUGCUGCAGGGGCACAGGUGACACAGGGACAGCCCCAGCUGGCUGCUCCUGCAGGACAGAUCCUGCUCCUGGGCCUUGCUGCUGGAGAUCCCAUCCCUGUGUGAGCAGCUGGCACGGGCGCCGAGGAUGGCUCUGCCUCACCGGCCUUCCCCUGCCUGCUCUGGGACCAGCUUUGCAAUCCCGCAGGGUUCUUCCUGUUCUUGAAGGUUUUACCUGCCUGCUCUGGGACCCAGCCUUUGAAUCCUGCAGUGUUUUUCCCAUUUUUGAGGGUUUUCACCUGCCUGCUUUAGGACUCAGCCUCUGCAAUCCUGCAGUGUUCUUCCUGCUCUCGAGGGUUUUACCUGCCUGCUGUGGCACCCAGCCUUUGAAUCCUGCAGUGUUUUUCCCAUUCUUGAAUGUUUUCACCUGCCUGCUGUGGGACCCAGCCUCUGGAAUCCUGCAGGGUCUUGAAGGUUUUCCCCUGCCUGCUUUAGGACUCAGUGUUUGCAAUCCUGCAGUGUUUUUCCCAUUUCUGAAGGUUUUCAGCUGCCUGCUCUGGGACCCAGCCUCUGGAACCCUGCAGGGUAUUGAAGGUUUUCAGCUGCCUGCUUUAGGACCCAGCUUUUGCAAUCCUGCAGUGCUCUUCCUGCUCUCGAGGGUUUCCCCUGCCUGCUCUGGGACCCAGCCUUUGAAUCCUGCAGUGUUUUUCCCAUUUCUGAAGGUUUUCAGCUGCCUGCUGUGAGACCCAGCCUCUGGAACCCUGCAGUUCUCUUCCUGCUCUCGAGGGUUUCACCUGCCUGCUGUGGCACCCAGCCUUUGAAUCCUGCAGUGUUUUCCCCAAUUCUGAAUGUUUUCAGCUGCCUGCUCUGGGACCCAGCCUUUGAAUCCUGCAGUGUUUUUCCCAAUUCUGAAUGUUUUCAGCUGCCUGCUGUGGGACCCAGCCGCUGGGACCCUGCCGUGCUGUCCCCGCUGGGGCAGGGGGCUCCUCUGGACGCACACAGCUGUAGAUACCCGCCGUGUCCUGUGGGAUGUGACGCUUUCCCAGUGGUUUGGGGUGUCAGGGUGCAGUGCUCAAACCUGCUGUGGCUCAGUGCUGUGCUUCUGGCGCGUCCUUCACUUCGUGCUUUGCUUCUCAAGACUCGUUGCGUCGUCGGUGUGGAAAAUAGACCAGUAUCAACCUUAGCUCUUCGGUGGUGUGGAAGUGUUUGAGUGUGGUUUGCCUCACAUACUGAUCUGUAUUUGGCAGCUAAUGGCGUUCAGUGACCACGAGUUCUCUUUGUCUGGGUUGGAAAAUAAAAGGUUUUAUUGUAUCCGCAUGUAUUUUAAACUUUUUUGGAUAAUUCCGUCGACCUGUGAUGACAGCACAUGUAAAAACCGAUCUUUUCCUUUUAUUCAGAAGUUCUAUUUGCUGUGGUAGCACUUGUUGUUGGCACUGAUGGUGGUGAUUUCACAUCCUGUUUUGUACAUCGGGUUUCAUGAUUACAGUGUUUAAGUUUGUACAAUUGUUUAUGUAAAAAUGAUUUGGUCUGAAGAGAUGCUGUGAGUUCACUUCUGAUCCUAGACACGUACGAGAUCCUACUGGUAAUACUGUUUAGUAGUUACAACUGUACCAGACUUAUUUUUUACAGAGCUUUACAUGCCUUUAUUUAUUCCUUUAUCGGACCAUCCAAACCAUGUACUCCGUAGCUCAGUAUUUGUAGACCAGUUUCACAAAUCAACCUAAGGUAUUGUGGCAAAGCUUCGAAUAAAUGUUUACUGAGACUUUG